AUGAAAGUGGAUACCCUAGGGGUAAUACACCGAAUGUUUAUAAAUUUCAUCUCGAACUUUAUAAAUUCGAAUUCUUCUACUCGUAACAAUAUAAAUAUUUUUCGUUUUGAUAAUAAUCAUAAUGAACGAAAUUAUUCAAAAGAAUAUGUUCCCAAUAUAACUGAAGAUUGGGAUAAUGAAAUUGAUGGAAAUAGAAUAAACAAUACAAAACAAUGGUUAAAUAUUUUUCGAAAUUUUUCUAGAUCACAAUCUAAUUCUUCUCAUUCUUUUCAAUAUUCAACAUGUUCAUUAAAUAAUUCUAAUUUUGGUAAUGAAAGUAAUUCAAGAAAAAGAAUAUCACGUGAUUGUUUAAUUGAUCAUAAUAUUCGUGAAGGUGGUAUAACAAUAAAAGAAAUUCAAAGAGAAAAUAAUGUUCAACUAAAACUUUCUCCUGAUGGUCAAAAUACAUCACGAGAUUCAAAUGGGUUUUUCUCGUCGAAAAAUCCAAAUAAUGACAAUCAUACUUAUUUUAAUGGUGGAAAAUUUGCAGGUUUGUCAAAUAAUCGGCAGACAAAUGAAUAUUCAUCAACUUCUCAUUCGAAAUCUGGAAAGUCAUCUAAUUGUCAUUUUUUUACAGCUGGUGCUAAAGAUGAUGAUGAUUAUAAUGCAUUUUUUGGUUCCGAUGAAGAAACAGCAAGAACAACUAAUCAUAAUCUUGCACAGGAUAAAAAUACAUUAGCUUUUAUUUUUUUUUCUUCAACUUCUUCAUCAUGGAAUACAAAUAAUAUUUGA